UAAUGCAAAUCGGGCAGGUGCUGUAGAUCGGGCAGUGGCACUCAUCAUCAUCAUUAUCCUCGCCUGGGUUUGUUUCGGCCAAACGCGUGGUCUCUCCUUAUUGGCUCUAUGGAAUUUCCACAGCGUCUUCCAUCGGAUUGGCCGAGAACUGUCACACUUCCGUGUUGAUGCUUUGAGGCGACGUCCAAUCGAAUGCAGACAUUUGUUCUGUGUGGAGAGGCGACCAGCCGCAGCGACUGUCUUGAGUACCGUGAUUGCUUUACACACAGCACUGAAACCCGGCUGUUCCGAAGAGUAUUUGUGUUAUUUCGGACGUCCUCAAUUAGUGGUUCGUGUUUUUGUUGUUUUACCUCAUAACCUUUAGCUUUUAGCUCGCUUCAAUGAGCCUCCUGCCGCUGCUGGUGCUGGCCGUGUCGGCCGCGUCUGCCCUGGCCGAAUCUACUGUGCAUUUUCGAGAGCAGUUUGAGGAUGGAGAUGCCUGGACGAGUCGUUGGUUUGAAUCCAAGCACAAGUCAGACUACGGCAGGUUUGUCCUGUCAGCAGGGAACUUCUAUGGAGAUGCAGACAAAGACAAAGGCCUGCAGACGAGUCAGGACGCACGCUUCUACGCACUGUCUGCCCGCUUUGAUGACGUCAGCAACCAGGGCCAGCCGUUAGUCAUCCAGUUCACCGUCAAACACGAGCAGAGCAUCGACUGUGGCGGAGGAUACAUCAAACUGUUCCCCUCUGAACUCAACCAGGAGGACAUGCACGGAGACUCCACCUACAACAUCAUGUUUGGUCCUGAUAUCUGCGGCCCCGGCACAAAGAAGGUUCAUGUCAUCUUCAAUUAUAAAGGCAAAAACCAUCUGAUCAACAAGGACGUGAGAUGCAAGGACGACGAGUACACCCACUUGUACACACUGAUCGUCAACCCUGACAACACCUACGAGGUCAAGAUCGAUAACGUGAAGGUUGAGUCUGGAAACCUGGAGGACGACUGGGACUUCCUGCCUCCCAAAAAAAUUAAGGAUCCAGAGGCCAAAAAACCAGAGGACUGGGUUGACCAGGAGAAGAUUCCAGAUCCUGAAGAUAAGAAACCAGAGGACUGGGACAAACCUGAGAACAUCCCAGAUCCUGACGCUAAGAAGCCUGAUGACUGGGAUGAUGAGAUGGACGGAGAGUGGGAACCACCGAUGGUCUCCAACCCUGACUACAAGGGUGAAUGGAAGCCCAGAGAAAUUGACAAUCCUGCCUACAAAGGCAAGUGGAUCCACCCUGAGAUUGAUAAUCCAGAAUACACAGCUGACCCCGAGAUCUACAAAUACGACAGCAUCGGCGUGAUUGGUCUGGACCUGUGGCAGGUCAAGUCAGGCACCAUUUUUGACAACUUCCUCAUCACCAAUGACCCCGAGAUGGCAGAAGAAAUUGGUAACGACACCUGGGGCAAAACUAAGGAUGCAGAGAGGACGAUGAAGGAGAGCCAAGAGGAGGAGGAGCGAAAGAGACGAGAAGAAGAAAACCAGAAAAGGAGAGAAGAGGUGAAGGAUGAAGAAGAGGAGGAGGAAGAAGACGAGAAGAAAACGGAGGAGGAGGAAGAAGAGGAAGAAGAAGAAGAAGAAGAAGAGGUAGAUGAGCAGGAGGAGGAGGAGGAGGAGGAGGACAACGGAGGCAUAGACUCUAAACACAAAGAUGAGUUGUAAAAUUAAGCUGCAGGGACUGUUUUAAAAGAAAUCUGACUGUAUGAGUCAGUGGACCACUAGAGGGCAGCAGGUGGCUGGGUUGUAGAUCUUCCAUGACUAACAUUCUGGGGUGGGUUUGGGUGGGAUGGGACUUUUUUCAUUUAUGUUUACAAUAUGAAGGAGCAGGUGAAAAUGUUCCAUAUCCUGUUUCCCUGUGCUACUGCACUAGUUAUUAUUAUUAUUAUUUCUACAAAGUGAAUAAGAGUAAAAGAGAGGAAUGAAAAUGUCUGUCAGAGUUGGAAAAUGAUUAUUUAAAUCUAACAAACGUCACCUCUGUUUCUCCAUCAUGUGAGUUUUAAUGAAGUCAAAUGUUGUGGUGACAUUGUCAGCCGUGUUUUUUAUGUUGUUUUUUACCUCAUGUUUGUUUUGUCAUGUUGGUUUGUGUCACAUGUUUCUGGUUUGUGAUUAAUAUCUUUUUUUCUUUUGUUGAAAUCUCGUCUAAAGUCUUUGGUGCAAAAACAGUUGGUGAGUACGAACACCUGAUGUUUGAUGGGUUUGUCUGAAAGACACUGCUGCACAUGGGAGGUGUUGUGGGGUUUAAGGAAAAAAAAAAAAAAGAUCACCUCACUUUGUACUGUAAAGUUCACACACGCCACCUCAGUUCAAACCCUGCUGUGUCUAACUCUGAACUGUUCACGCUCUGAUGUACUUUAGAACGUAGGAAGUUUACAUCCAUGUUCUGUUCUCUCUACGUUUGUCUAUCGAUGCUGUACAAUUACCAUUCUCUGAUGCCACUAACUCUGCACUGUCUCAUAUUGGAAGAUGAUGCUUUUCUAAAAGAUGCAUUUUGUACUAAUAGCAGGAAUCGCAGUAGGAGAGAUUUCACGACGCACUGUACAAACAUGAACAAACAAAAAAACCCAGUUGGUUCUGUUCAAUAAAAACUGGAUAAAAUAGA